AUGGCUGGCCAGGGACAGGGCGCCCCUUUCCUCCUGUGGCUGCCGCGGGAGGUGGUCCGCAUGAUCGCUGACAACCUCGGUGACGACCCGGAGGCGCUGAGGAGCCUGGCCCUGGUCAGCCGCGAGUGUAGGGCGCUCGCCCGGCCGCACCAGUUCCGGAGGCUGCGCCUCGACCUUUCGGGGCGGUCGCGCGGCCUCGUCUCCUCCCUACUACGCGACGUGGCCGAGAGCGAGGCUACAGUCGGCGGCUACCCUCCCCCCGCUGGGGAUAAAGACGACCCAGACCUCCCGCCUAUCAGGGACUGCGUCCGCCGCGUCGAGAUAGGCAUGGUUAACUUGGAUUUUCGGAGCACCGGCGCGUACGUGCCCCUCCCCAUCGAGGACCUUGAGGACCUCUGGGAGCGGCACUCGGCCUUUGUCUCGCAAAUGGCAUUCCUACUACGGCCGGGCGCCCUGCCCAACCUCGAGACACUCGACACGGGCCCGCGCUUCUGUCUUCUCGAGCCUUGCCUCCUGCACCGGAUGCUGUACUCGCCAGCCCUUCGCAAGCUCCACCUGCGUGCUGCCACGCCCAUGGGAACGCCCAUGGGAACGCCCAUGGGAACGCCCAUGCCCGUGGCCCCACGGACAAUAUCUCUACCCCAGUCGUCGGUACCAAAAGCCAUGCUCGAUCGCAGCAGCAGCAGCAGUGCCACAUACUCUAGGACCGCCCGCCGACAGCCGGCAAACAUCGAGGUGCUCGAGCUAGAUCUCUUGGGCAGCCAGCGCGAGGGGCCCUACUGGUGGGACGUGUCCAGCCUCCUCGCCGACGUGUUGGACCUGUGCGCCCAGCUCCGGCUACGGUGCCUGCACGGUGGCUGCUCCUGGGGCGGCCAGGGCCUCCUCGGCAGCGCCGCGGGCGCCGCUAGGUUCCGCAUCGAGCUCCCCGGGCGGCGCGCGGUGCCGCAGCUGCCCAGGCUGGAGCUCCUGUAUGUGGGCCGGCUGGCGCCGCUGGCACAGUCCUUCCUCGCGCCGCUCCUGGAGCAGGCUCCGGUCCUGCGCACGCUGGUCGUCGACGCCUCGGAUGAGGAGGUCCGGCGGGCCGUGGUCGGCCUGGCUGGGCGCCACCGCUCGCUGCCCUCGGUACGCAAUGUCGUGUGGUACGGCGGCGGCGGCGGUAGCAGCCCCUGCACGUUGCCCGGCGACCUGGACGCCGCCGUGCUGCUGCGGCCCUUCACCGGCAUGGACGGCUUCUGCAUCGGCGGCGGCACCGCUGUGACGGCGUCGCUCGCCGCCCGCCGCGUCCUGCCCAUCUUCGUUUGCCCCAAGAGCAGCCGCUUCGGCGCCCUCACCAAGCUCUCGCUAGCCUUUGACGAGAGGGGCGUCACAGGCUGCAUGCUGGCACAGAUCGGUGGCAUCAUCACGCUCGAGCCACUGCACCUCAGGGCGUCCGCCACCGGCAUGCCUCCUCGUAGCAGCGGCGGCACUGUCCCUGGGCCGCGGGCUACCACCACCUGGGUGGUCAGACACUCGGUGGUGCGCCGCCACCUCGCGGGCCUGCGCAAGCUCGCGACACUCGUCUUCAAGGGCGAGGACUACCUCAUGCCCAGCCGCGAGAGGACGUCUGACGACGGUGCUGCUUACGGGCGCGGCGGCGGUGGCGGUGGCGGCCCCCGCGCCUCUGGCGGCGCCGGCCACCGGCGCUACUACGCGCACUACUACCCGCCCGCCUGGCCGUUCCCGGGACCGUACCCCGGCUCGACGUCGCCGUCUGCCCCGCGCGGCCUCGGCCGUCGCAAGGCCCUGCGCACCUGCUACACGUACCGCCGGCUGCGCGCCGUCUACCAUCCCUCGACCGAGGACGGCGACAACGCUGCUCUCGGCAGCUACUACCACCACCGGUACCGGCGCGAACGGCGCCACCAGCCACCGCCACCACCGCCCCCGUGGUACUGGGAGGCCUAUGUGUCCCGCGGCCACGCGCAGCGGAUGCCGAACGAGGCCGGCAGGUACGCCGAGCUGUUCCCGCGCCUGCGCGCCGUCUUGGUCGGCGGCCUGCAUCUCGUCCGGGGCCGGCACGGCGCUGGCAGGUUCGAGGCCGCCGCGCCCUUUCAGCCGGUCGAGGCCAUCUUUGGCUUCUCCCCGGCGGCCGUCGAGUCCUGUCCACUGGCCGACGAGUCGGUCCUGGGGGUCCACAGGUACCCGGGCUGGCUCCUGCCCCCCUCAUCCCUCAUCGGGUUCUUCUGCGAGGCCUGCUUCGUCGAGGCCUACCGCAGCCGCGCCGUGGCCCUGACCGCCGGCAGUGGUGACGUCCCACCCCCGCCACCGCCACUGCAGACGCAGUGCGCGCACCGCACGCCCCGGCCGGCGGCGGGCUGGGCUGUGCUCGGCAGUAGCAGCUCGUCUUGCGCGGACUGCCCCCGCUGCUUCUCGCCCUGGGUCUACCCGCCGCCGCACCCAGCGCGGGCGGUCAGCAUCGGCGCCGCGGACACGGCUGCCAGCAGUAGCAGUAAUAGCGCCGGUAGCGCCACCGCCGGCGGCAGCGAGUCGGGGGGCGAGACCAUCCUCGAGACCGUGGAGCGGGACGACGAGGACCCCGAAUAA